AUGACUAUUUUGUAAAAAUAAAAUUAACUCAUAUCAACUAGCUAAGAAGGAUAAAUUCAUAUUUGGACAAUGACUCCUAUUGCAAAACCAAUAAUUAUUAAGAAAUUUGAUGCUCCUUCUUCUUAUGUUAGUUGUUUAAUUUAUAAUGAAAGUUUAGAUCUUAUUAUAACUGGAAGUAAUAAUAAUAUUCACUUUUGGAAGAAUCCAAUGAGAUGGUUACUAGUUUAAUCAAUAAAUGAACAUGAAGGUGCUAUAUGGGCAUUAAGUAUUAAUUAAAAUGAAAAUAAACUUAUAUCUUGUGAUUGGGAUAGGAUGAUAAUAAUUACAGGAAGAAAAAGUGAUCAAAAUUGAGUUGUAUUAUAAAAAGUUUUUGUUGAAUUUUAUGGAUAUAGACCAUGUUUUAUUGAUGAUGAUUAUUUUAUGUAUUAACUCAAUAAAGGAACAAUCAUACUUUUUUAAAUCUUAGAUAAUGGAAACGAGAUUUAAAAUGUUAAAGAAAUUGAAUUAACAUAAAGACAAAAAGAAUGUAAUGCAUUUUUUCGAUGUAAUUUGAAUUCUUUUGAAUAAAACAGGUGAUACAAUAAUUAUAUUAAAAUUGAGAGGAUAAGAACAAAUAUAAAUUGUUUAAUUUAUAUAUUUCGAUUCUUUUAAUGUUUUUGAAAAGAUGAAUGAUGAUAGUAAACUUCUUGCUACUUGGGAUGAAAGUUCAAAGAAAAUAUAGAUAAGAAAACUUGUGAAUUAUUAAUAAGAAUGA